GCUCCAACUGGUACAUCUACUUUGUUAUGAAUACUUUAACUUGGGCAGCCGUUUUGGUCUUGGCCUCCACAGCAGCGAGCUCACACGCAGCGCUCCUCGUCGAGCUGCCAAAUGGAAAGCUACGUGGACGGGACAAUGGCAUAUAUUACAGCUACGAGUCGAUACCCUACGCGCAGCCGCCCAUCGACGACCUGCGCCUGGAGGAUCCAGUUCCAUAUACCGAGCGAUGGGAGCAGACCUUUGAUGCCAGCAGGCCGCCGACUGAAUGUCUGCAAUGGAGCCAGUCUAUCAAAGUGUCCGAUAAACUGACGGGCAGCGAGGACUGCCUGACUGUCAGUGUCUACAAGCCCAAGAAGCCCAGUCUCAUCGCUCUUCCGGUCGUGGCGAAUAUAUUCGGAGGAGCGUGGACCUUUGGCAGCUCGCUCGAUGACGGAGUUGAGCACUUCAUGCGCAGAGGUAAUGUAAUCGUGGUGAAGAUCAACUAUAGAGUGGGUCCGCUUGGCUUUCUGAGCACCGGCGACAACGUACUUCCUGGUAACUACGGCCUCAAGGAUCAGCGCCUCGCAAUCCAAUGGAUUAAGCAGAAUAUCGAUCGAUUCGGCGGAGAUCCAGAAAACAUCAUUCUUCUUGGUUUCGGCACAGGCGGUUCGUCAGUCCAUCUGCAGCUAAUGCACAAGGAUAUGGAGAGGUUGGUCAAGGGCGGCAUCUCCAUUAGUGGCACGGCCACAUCUCCCUUUGCUGUGCAGUCCGGCGGGCAAGAGCUGGCAUUCCAAUAUGCCAAAAAGUUGGGCUGCGACAAGCUCAAAUCAUCAACUAAACUGAAGGAGUGCCUGAAGGAAAUGCCAGCGGACCGUUUAGUUAGGGGUAUAAAAUAUCUGCAAGUCUUUGAAUACGUCAAUUUUGGCGCAUUUAGUCCAGUCAUCGAGUCGACGGAUUCGCGUAAGCCAUUCCUCACCGAAUUUCCAAUCGAGACCAUCAGGAGUGGAAGGUCUGCCCAGGUGCCGUGGUUGGCCAGCUACACCACGGAGAAUGGCAUAUACAACGCCGCCCUCUUGCUGAAAAGGAGCUCCAAUGGCAGAGCGAAAAUAGAGGAGCUAAAAUCUCGCUGGAAUGAGCUGGCCCCGUACUUCUUCUCGUAUCCUUACUUUUGGAAACGAUCUGAGAGGGACAAUCAUUCCCGCAAACUCAAGCAGCAGUACCUUGGCUAUAGGAACUUCAGCGUGGAGAACUAUUUCGACGUGCAGCGCAUGUUCACCAACGAGCUAUAUAAGAAUGGCGUUGAGGUGGCAUUAGACGCACAUCGAAAGUAUGGCGACAGUCCCGUUUAUGCAUAUGUGUACGACAACCCUGCUCAAAAGUCAUUCGCCCAGUUACUAUCGAGGAGGAAAAAUCUGUUCCUGGGCACGGGCAUGGGCGACGAUUACUAUUUAAUGUUCAGCAAUCCAGUGCGCAAUCCUCUGAGAGUUGACGAGAAGAUUACCUCGGCUAGGCUAGUCAAGAUGGUGGAGCAGUUUGCCCAAGGCGGAAACUUUUCCUAUAUGAACUGCGUGUUUCCGGACAAUCGGGGCAAAAGGCACUUCCAGCUGGUGGCCAUCAAGCGCACCUACUGCAAAGUCAUGGAAGCGAAGUAUUUACCUGAUAUAGUCUCCAAAAAUCUACCACGAUCCCCUUUAAUCUCGUAUUAAGCAC